AUGGCUGAACAAACCAAGAGCCAUAUUGCUGACCCUCCCACUGGUCUGUACUUCUUCUACGGCACCUUGAUGGACCCGACGCUCUUGGUCCAGCUCCUCCACCUAGAUAAGCUCCCUGACCUACGCCCCGCGUCGAUCAAGGGGUACAAGUUCAAGCUUUGGGGCCCCUACCCGGCACUUCUGGACGACGAGCACGAUGAUUCUGCCGUGAUUGAAGGAGCUGUGUAUAACGUCGAGUCGGUAGAGCAUGCGCACGCCCUCGCAAACUAUGAGACCAAGAAUUAUACUACGGGCACCACCACGGCGUAUUACUCUGACGGACAGCAGCCAGAGACUGACCAGGUUACCAUCUAUGUGUUUGCGGGCAAUCGGAGAGACUUGACGGAGGGAGAUUUCAAUCUGGAGAGAUGGAUGAAAAUGAUGGGCAGGGGGAAGGUGUUGGAUGAUUUGGCUGCUAAGAAGGCUGGGUCUGCUAAGAAGCCCGAGUCCUCUUGA